UGCACGAUGCCCCGGCUCCCCCUCCCGCUGCCCCGUCUCACGCUCUACACCGGCGGCAAGGAGUGCUCUCUCUGCGAGGUCGCAAAGCAGCAGCUCGCUCUCCUCAGAAAGACACACCCGUUCGACCUCACACUCUUCAACAUCCGCGCACCACCGCAAGGCGUAGACCCGCGCGAGGCAAAAAAGUGGAGGAGACUCUACCAGUACGAUAUCCCUGUUCUCCACCUGGAGGACAAGCGGGUUCAGAAGCACAGGAUCGACAACGGAAAACUCGCAAAGGUGCUCGAGGAAUGGAGGGAGCAAAAGCUGAAGGAGCUGGAGGAGACGAGCGAGACGGUCGGGGAAAGCAAGCAGUAGAGCAUCAUCAAGUCAAGAAGAGGUUUGAAGCCUAUCGCUCAGUGUUACGCUUUCCGUCCCUGCAGAUUACCCAAGAUACUACUCCUACAUGCAAUCAGAUGCCUCCAGACCCACCGUGGCGUACACCUCUCGGCCGAACUUUUUUCCACCUCCCUUCUCCCGUUGGAGAGUAUACCCAGCACGAAAGCAACAAGGCAGAAGGGGAGUCUGCAAAAGGCUCCAGCUACACCGAUAUCCUAAAAAGAACGUUUAAAGACUUUAGCGAUGUGUCUGUAGGAUCCGACGUAGAAAUUGUCCAUCUGCACCGGCAGUACCCUCCAAAGGCAUCGGCAGCAGCAGAGGAGGAAUUGGAAGAAGGGGAACUGGAGCAAGAUGACUGGACUGUCGAUAUCGAGCCGAUGAGGGGCUAUGUGGAAGACGAUUCCAACUCUAUCAUCUUUGAUGACGACGAUGAUGGCGAACCUCCCAAUGAGCCUGCUGAUCUACCAUCCUUCCAUGGCGAAUGCUGGAACUGCCUCCAACAAGGCCACUCUCUAACUCAUUGCCCAUACCCGCGUAACCACCUCCAGAUCAACCACUCUCGAGAACUGUUCUUUUACGCGAGGGACAACCUACCCCCUCCACGGACUGAGCGGUACCUCCACGAUUAUUUGAACAUGCGAGUGACAGUACAGGAGAAAGAACGGCGUUUGGAAUUGCUGGGGAAAUUCCGGCCGGGGAAAAUUGGGAAAGAGCUGGAUCACGCUGCUAGGAUGCUAGUCGAUGAUUCGGAUUCGGGUGAGAUGCUGGUCGAUGAGAUCCAAUGGGAUAAGCGCGAAUAUGAAUGGAUUCAGAAUAUCGCCAAAUGGGGUUAUCCUCCCGGUUGGACAACUGCUUUGAACCCGAUAGAAUUCCUGAAAGACCGGAUAUCUUCACUUGAGGCAUACGAUACGGCUUACAGGCUUACACCCGAACCUGGAGAAGAGCUUGUCAUUUUUGGUGCUGAUGAUGAUGAGGAUGAUGAAGGAUCAAGUAUGCGUGAUGUCACGCUUGGCAAUGCCGACGAGCGGGAAAAAAGUAAAGAAGAAGGGGACGAUGGGAGUGAGAUGAGCAUUGUCUCUGAUUCCCCUUCCCCCUCUUCCUUGCCUCUGUCGCCAGCAUCAUCCCGGUCACCCCCAACACCAUCAGAUAUUCCGCCUCCGCCAUCCCCGCCCCCUGACUUACCGCCUCCGCCCCCACCACCUCCAUGUGAUCUACCACCGCCUCCUCCUCCUAAUCGAUGGGCAGACUACCACACAGACAUGUUUGCCUCUUCCCGACUUGUGGUAUAUGAUGAAACUCGACCAUUCGUCCUUGGGACAUACGCCCGUUAGGAACCCUUUCCUUUUCAUAAAACCAACUUUGACCGUAAACUCAUGGUCUUCUUGCUAUCACAUCUUAACUAGACACAGUGUAAAAGGGCCUGAGGCACAAAACAAUAGCAUAACGACAUGUACAACCUUUGCCAUCUUGUCAUUCUAUCCUCUUCUUUUUGUGUGCCCAACUGUAACUUCAGCCCCUUUUUUGACGUCGGCUUCUAAUGUAUACUGUUCGCUACAUAACUCUUUAAGGAAUAGAAGAGUGUUCCCCGGGAGGAGUCUUGGUCUCCUGACCUUCCUGACCUUGAAGUUCGGUGACACCGUGCUUCUUGGAAGUGUGGUCAUGAGUUUCGCGCUUGACGAGCAUCCUUGUCCAAGCACUAUUUC